AAAUGAAAGAAAUUGUAAAACCCUAUUGAUAGUGAUUUAAGCUCCACACCCACGAUGAUAUGAAAUUAGGAAAGAACCCUAAAAUUUGGAGGAUAAAAGAAAAAAGAGGAUGUUUAGGGAAAUCAAGAUUGUAUGAGUUGGCGGUUGGUCGGAAAAGCCCAUAUCUAGAAGGGCAGUUUCGGCCUUAAAAGAAAAUCAUUUUGAUUUGAAGUCGGCGGAGUCUCCAUUUCGUCUUCAUAUUCAAAGUGAUUCUAUUCCUGAGGAGGAACAACAAAAACAAAGUUCUUCAAUUUUCGGUUUCCAGAUUUUGGAAACCUAAAUCGGUAAACCAAAUAAACGAAGAACCAGAUUAAGAAAGAGAGAAUACCGCCAAGAUAUGGCCCGGAGACCUGACGAUGACUAUGAUUAUCUCUUCAAAGUUGUGCUUAUCGGUGAUUCCGGCGUUGGAAAAUCCAACCUCCUUUCCCGAUUCACUCGGAAUGAGUUUUGUUUGGAGUCCAAGUCCACCAUUGGCGUCGAAUUCGCUACUCGUACUCUUCAGGUCGAGGGAAGGACUGUGAAAGCUCAAAUAUGGGACACGGCCGGUCAAGAGCGUUACAGAGCAAUAACAAGUGCUUACUACAGGGGUGCACUUGGAGCGCUUCUAGUGUAUGAUGUAACAAAACCAAUGACAUUCGAUAACGUAAGCCGUUGGUUGAAGGAACUUAGGGACCAUGCCGAUUCCAACAUAGUAAUCAUGUUAAUUGGAAACAAGACUGAUCUGAAACACCUCCGAGCAGUGGCGACAGAGGAUGCACAAAGCUAUGCUGAGAAAGAAGGACUAUCAUUCAUUGAAACGUCUGCUCUCGAAGCAACAAACGUGGAGAAGGCUUUCCAAACUAUUCUUUCCGAGAUAUAUCGGAUAAUCAGUAAAAAAUCCCUUAAUUCAGAGGAGCCUUCUGCUGCUAAUAACAUCAAAGAAGGCAAAACCAUUGUGGUUGGUGAAUCAGAGGCCAAUACAAAGAAGGCUUGUUGCUCCUCUUCUUGAAGUUCAACAAUUUUUGUAACUCUCUCUCUCUCUCUCUCUCUCUUUCUUAUUUGUCAUUUGCUUCUUCAUUUCUUUCUAGUUACCAACUCUCUUCUGUUAUUUGUUUGCUUUUGGAUUAUGUUGGUGUAUAAUUUACAUAUAAUUUAUAUUUUACUUUAGAUUUGUUAUUAUUAUUAUUAUUAUUAUUAUUGUUA